GUAUUAUGUAAAAACAAGACAUAUCGGAAAUCCCAUCCCUGUGUCGACAUCUACCUGGGGAUAUAAGCAGGGAGGCAAGGGUAGGUAAGGCAGAGCAGAACUAGACACUGUGGUGAACACACCUGCCUUUACCAACGGCUUCUUCAAGAACCUAUUAAAAUAUGAAGGUGCAAAUUUUAGCAGCCAUGGUGAUUGUGGCUACCGUUGUGGCCAUGACGGAAGCAUCCCGAGUACCUCCAUAUCUAGGUCGGGAUUGUAAUCACUGGUGCAAAAACAACAAUCAAGUACUCUACUGCUGCAGCCUUUCAGGAACUAUCUAUCCACCUUAUAUUAGAGACCACCCUGGUAAAUGUCCUUCAGUCCGCUCUACAUGUACUCGUACUGGUGUGAGGUCAUCUACACCAAAGCUCUGCCCCCACGAUGAUGCUUGUGACUUUAGAAGCAAGUGUUGCUAUGACGCCUGUGUGGAGCACCACGUAUGCAAGACUGUUUAAUCCUACUAAACAACAAUUACACCAGACCUGAGCUGAAAAUCUUUCACCAGUAAAAAAUUUUCAACAAACUGUAUUCACUGGAUUUUUUUAAACACUGAAGUAUGGUUAUGUUAAACUGUAUACAUUUGUAAGCAACAUCAACUAAACAAUAAACACAACUGCAUCUCUUGAGAAA